UUUGGAAAACGGCAGCUGCCUGCCUGUUCCCUCCUACCACGCCGAACAAACGAUAUAUUCAUCUACUGCUCUACUCUCUGCUGCAGCCUGAACUCCCCCCGAGGAACUUCUGGGUACUUCUUCUCAGCGGACCGUGCGUUUACAAUAUUACUUGCGCCAAUGCAUAACGCAAACAGGCACACUGCCUGGUCUUAUAUGCCAACAAUGUGGGAGAUCUGCACCGUCUUUUGUGCAUGGGGUCUGCUGUUGGCAACCGGGAUCCACGCUCAACAGCCACCUCAAAGAAGACAGGUCUUUGGAUGUGGCGGCAACCUAACGGGGGAGUCCGGUGUUAUCGGUAGCCAGGGGUAUCCGGGAGUGUACCCACCGAAUACAAAAUGUGUCUGGAGAAUUACGGUUCCUGAGGGGAAAGUUGUUGUCUUCUCCUUUCGCUUCAUCGACCUGGAGAAUGACAACCUGUGCCGCUACGACUACGUGGAUGUUUACAGUGGACAUGCCAAUGGACAGCGCCUGGGACGCUUCUGCGGGACCUUCAGGCCGGGUGCCCUGGUCUCCACGGGCAACAAGAUGCUGCUCCAGAUGGUGUCGGAUGCAAACACAGCCGGCAGCGGGUUCCUGGGGGUGUUCUCAGCCGCACACCCACAUGAGCGAGGAGAGCAGUACUGUGGCGGUCGGCUGGUGAAGCCAUCUGGGAGUUUCAAGACUCCAAACUGGCCGGAGAAGGACUACCCCGCUGGGGUCACGUGUGCUUGGCACAUUGUAGCGCCCAAGAAUCAGAUCAUCGAGGUGAAGUUUGAGAAGUUUGAUUUGGAGAGGGACAACUACUGCCGCUAUGACUAUGUGGCCAUCUUCAACGGAGGGGAGAUCAACGAUGCGAAAAGGAUCGGCAAAUACUGUGGAGAUAGCCCACCAGCUCCUGUGUAUUCGGAUGGGAAUCAGCUUUUCAUUCAGUUCCUGUCAGACUUGAGUUUGACAGCAGACGGAUUUAUUGGGCACUACAAGUUUAGACCCAAAAAGUUCCCCAGCACUACCCUUCCACCAACCACCACUACACAACCCACAACAACAAGGUCGAUACCUUUGAAGUACUCUGCAGCACUCUGUCAGCAGAAAUGCAAGAGGAAGGGAACCCCCGAAAGCCAUUACUGUUCCAGCAACUUUGUUGUCACGGGAACAGUUAUCACAGCGGUCACCCGCGGGGGCAGCAUGUACGUCACCAUCUCCAUCAUAAACGUCUAUAAAGAGGGCAACUUGGCCAUCCAGCAAGCGGGCCGAACCAUGAGCACCAAGAUCGUCAUCCUCUGUAAGAAGUGCCCCUUCGUCAAGCGAGGCCUCAGCUACAUCUUCAUGGGCGACGUGGAGGAGGACGGGCGCGGGAAGAUCGCGCCGCAGCACUUCGUCAUGGCCUUCAAGGCCAAGAACCAGCGGGCCUUCAGCGCGCUCAAGACCAAGCGGUGCUGAGGGCAAGAGGAGAAUCUCCUGCAACCCCCCUUCAACUCCCCCCUCCACACUGACCUGCCCUUCUUUACCCCGGCCUCCCCUCGUUCUCCUCAUCAAAUAUGACCAAGUUGAGGGGGACAACAAGAAACUCCUUCAACCACCCUCCCCUCCACCCAGACCCUCUCUUGUCCCGUUACCCCACCCUCUUCCUCCCCAUGAAGUAUGACCAAGCAUUGCUGAGGGCGAAAACAAAUCUCUCCAACCCCCUCCACCCAAUUCCUUUUCCCCAGCUUCCCUCCCUCAUCAUCCCCAUCAAGAAUGACCAAUCGUUGCUGAGGGCAACAAAGAACUCCUCCAAGCUCAUCUAGGCCCAACCUCCAGUCCCAUCCUGAAUCCCACCUUCUUCCCCAACCCUUCCCUCUCCUCCUAGAUCUACAGUCGGUCACAGCCCAUCUCAUCCCCCACACCCACACUCCCCCUCUUCUCCCCAUGACGGAUCAACAGUCUGGCAU